CGUCUCACGCGCCACCACGAUGAAGGUGGUGGGGGUUCUCCUGCUGCUCCUGCUGGUGGCGGUGGCCGCGGCGCAGAACCACAGCCAGAAUCACGCCACCGAGCAGGACUUAAGACAGAAGAAAGGAGAGAACCAGAGCCAGAGCCAGGAACACCAGAACCAAGAAGAAAACGAAGAGCAAAACCAAGGACGAGCAAAACGAGAACAUAACCGAGAACAGAACAGGGACAAGAGACUAGACCGGCAGGAAGAAGAUAUAGAAACCCGAAGAAGAGAAGAAAAGAACCCAAGACAGCAUCACUCAGACGAAGACAGAGAAAAGAACCCGGGAAAGAGCCGAGAAAGAGAGGAAAGAAAACGAGAACAGAACAGGGACAAGAGACUAGACCGGAAGGAAGAAAAUAUAGAAACCCAAAGAAGAAAAGAAAAGAACCCAAGACAGCAUCACUCAGACGAAGAGGGAGAAAAGAACCCGGGAAAGAGCCGAGAAAGAGAGCAAAGAAAACGAGACUCAGACGAAGAAAAGAACCCGGGAAAGAGCCGAGAAAGAGAGCAAAGAAAACGAGACUCAGACGAAGAAAAGAACCCGGGAAAGAGCCGAGAAAGAGAGCAAAGAAAACGCGACUCAGACGAAGACAGACAUAAGGACCCGGGAAAGAGCCGAGAACGAGAGGAAAGAAAACGAUCCCAAACCAACCAGAACCGAAGACAAAGUAGAAGAAGAGGAAGACAAAGAGAGAGACAGAACCGGAGAGGGAGAGAGAGCCGAGAGGAGGAGAAACAAGAAGAACCCCGGAAGAGAAGAAGACAACAGAACCAGGACAGAAAGCGCCGGCCAAGGAACCAGUCGCGUAGUAGACCAUCCAAGAGGAUCCACACAAGAACCCCACGUCAACACCAGCCAGGAAUUCCCCUCAGCCAAGCAGGACCCCAAUUCCCGACGCGGUUCACGACUCAAUCCGACUCCAAGGAACCUCAAGUUCAACGCCCCAAGUUCUCGGUUCGUGCCAAGUCUCAAGAACGGGACCAAGGUUCGAUUCCAGCUUCAAGAGGAACGGGAGUGCCCUUGUUUGAAAUCCUACAGAGUGUUGCAGAAGAUACCCAUAGCGAUAACUCUGCAACCCGGAUGUCCUCUUCUUCUUCUUCCUCCUCCUCCUCCUCCUCUUCUUCCUCCUCCUCCACACAUAAGAAGCCCCAACACAAUCAUCCCCCUCAGCCCUCCUCCUCCUCCUCCUCCUCCUCCUCCUCCUCCUCCUCUCGAAGUAAAAGCAAGCCUGCUACUUCUUCACCGCCCGAGACAUUUGCAAAAGUCACCCCUCCCAAAAAUGACCCACUAUCACCAUCACCACCACCACCACCAUCAUCACCACCUUCACCUCCACUAUCCACUUCUAGUUCUCCGCCAUCUUCAUCUCCACCCUCCCCUCCACACGCUCCAUCUUCUUCGUCUUUCGGCAACAGCAUCAAGAGAAUUCUACUGACUGAUACAAAGGCAAUUCCACCUUCCUCAUCCACUUCGGUAUCACAUGAGCCUUCCCCUGAUCCACCUACGCCAUCAUCCACUUCUACCACUCCACACGCUACGAGCUCUCCAUCUUCUUCAUCUAUCGCUAAAACAGAAUCAUCUCCGCUUUCCUCUUCCACCUCUUCCACUUCACCACAACAAACUUUCUCCUCUCCACUGCCUCCACCAUCCACAUCAAGUCCUCCGCAGUCCUCUCCACCUACCAAAAGCUCUCCACUCACUCCGUUUGUAGUUGAAGUCAUUCAGAAUGUGAAAUCGAUUACACCACAGGCAACUCCUUCCUCUGCUCCACCUACUCCAUCAUCCACUUCUACGCCUCCACCCACUGAAGCCACUCCUCCUCCACCUUCUCCAUCUAUCGGUAAAACCACUAAGAGAAUUGAAUCGGCUAAUACGGAAUCAUCUCCACCUUCAUCUUCCACUUCACUACAACAAGCUUCCUCUCCACUUCCUCCACCAUCCAAAGCAAGUCCUCCACAGUCCACUCCACCUGCCAGAAGCCCUCCACUCCCUCAUUCUGUUGGUGAAGUCAGUCAGAAUGUGGAAUCAAGCACUCCACAGCCACUUCCAUCCACCUCAGCACCCAAAGACUCUACUCCACCACUUGUGAUAACCACGAAAUCCACUCCACAGUCAAUUCCACAUCCCUCUUCCACUUCAGAGCCCGAAUUUACUUCACCACCUCUGCUAACCACUGCACCUCAUCCACAACCAACGCAACCACCACCUCGGCCUCUUCCACCUUCUCAUGCUCUUACUCCUCCUCCUCCUCCUCCUCCUCCUCCUCCUUCUUCUUCUUUUGGUUUGCCUCGUUUUAAUCAAGGUCGUUCAAAUGGUCUCAGUCUGGGUGCAAGAGUUCGUCCGGAAGCACCUUCUUCUUCUUCUUCUUCUUCCUCUUCUUCACCUUCUUCUUCUUCUUCUUCUUCAUCUUCUUUCUCCUCUUCUCGUUUUCCUUCCUCUUCUCGUUCUUCCUCUUCUUCUUCUCGUUCUUCCUCUUCCCAUUCUUCUUCCUCUUCUCGUUCUUUUUCCUCCUCUCGUUCUUCCUCUUCUUCCCGUUCUUCACAUCCACCUCCAUCUCCUUCUUCAUCUCCUUCUUUUCUUCCUUCUACACAUCCACCAUCUUCUUCUUCAUCUCCUCCUUCUUCUCAUUCUUCCCAUCCACCACCUUCUUCUUCAUCUCCUUCUUCUUCUGUUUCUUCCCAUCCACAACCUCCAAAAUCUCCUCCUCCACCUCCCUCAAAGUCACCACCACCACCACCACCACACACCAUACGCCACACCACACCACAGCCACACUCCACCACCACAAAGCCACACUCAGGCUACCAUUACCGAACACCCAAAAUUCACUUCUAUCUUCCCACAAUAUCUUUUAAGCCCCUAUCUACAACCCCUCGAACCUCCUCCUCCUCUUCCUCCUCCUCCUCAUCGUCAUCCCAUCAUUCCUCCUCCUCCUCUUCCUCUUCCUCUUCCUCUUCCUCGUCUAGGUCUACAUACUCAUCUUACCGGACUACCUCAAGCAACUCUCAACCUCUUUCACUUCGAGUACCACCAAAAUCAUUCUACUCCACUUUGACUCCCUCUUCACUCCACACCACAGCCUCCUCAUUCCACAUCUCCACACCCUCCCCACUCCAUUCCACAGCCUCUUCAUUCCACACCACAGGCCACGCAUUCCACAAAACCACAAACUGCUCAUGCGACAAGCCUCUCAAAUUCCCAUUCCUCUCAGGUCAUACCAGGACUUCUUCUUUGCCACAUUCCUUAUUCACUACUACACCAGCCCCCCCCUCAUACCAGACACCAGAAUCUUCAUACCAGACCCCAGAUACCUCAUACCAGACUACUACACUUUCACACCGGUCUUCCACGUCCCGAUACCAGCCCCCAGACCCUACAUACCAGCCCCCUCAUACCUCAUACCAGCCCCCAACUACAGCCCCAUACCAGUCCUCCACAUUCUUAUACCAGCCUCCGCACCACUCAUACCAGCCCCCAACCACACCCUCAUCCACAUACAAAACCCCAGACCACUCAUACCAGCCCCCAAAACCAUCAUACCAGACACCAGACCACUCAUACCAGCCCCCAAAACCAUCAUACCAGACACCAGACCACUCACACCAGACCCCAAAACCAUCAUACCAGCCCCUAGAACCUACAUACCAGCCCCCAAAACCAUCACACCAGCCCCUAGACCCUACAUACCAGACCCCAAAACCAUCAUACCAGCCCCUAGAACCUACAUACCAGCCCCCAAAACCAUCACACCAGCCCCCACAUCCUACAUACCAGACCCCAAAACCAUCACACCAGCCCCCACAUCCUACAUUCCAGACCCCAAAACCAUCACACCAGCCCCCACAUCCUACAUACCAGACCCCAAAACCAUCAUACCAGCCCCUAGAACCUACAUACCAGCCCCCAAAACCAUCACACCAGCCCCCAGAUACCUCAUACCAGACCCCAAAACCCUCAUACCAGCCCCCACAGCACACAUACCAGCCCUCAACCACACCCUCAUACCACUCUUUCACAUCCUCAUACCAGACACCAGACCCUGCAGACCACACCCCAUUCCACUUACACUUAACUCCAGCUCCUAAAAAGCAUAUCCAGCCCCAAGUCCACUUAUCCACAUCCUCAUACCAGACACCAGUCCCUUUAUAUCACACCCCAUCUCACUCACACCAGACACCAGCCCCCUCACACACAGCCCCCCAAAAGCCUCUCCACCCUGUACACCACUCAUACCAGCCCCCAAACUCGCCCUUAUACCAGGAAACUACCACCUCCUCCUACCAGAAUAUAGGCCCUUCCUCAUACCGCACCCCAGCCCACUCAUUCCAUCCAUAUCCAGCCCCUAAGAAGUCGUUCCAGCCCCCUCCUCCACCAGCCCCUUACCAAACCACACCUUCUCCGUCAUACCCCACACCAGAUCACUCCGGCUACUCAUACCUCCCCCCAGCUAUCCCAUUCCACACCCCAGCGCUUACAUUCGACCCCCCUUACCCCCUCUACCCUCCGUACCCUCCCCACGCAGUCCUCCCUCAACAUCAGACCCCAAGACCACUAGCGACAACCCCUCAAAAAGAUCCAAACAACCUCCUCACCAUUGUAUUCAAGACCGCUACACCAUCACAUGAGCCAACCACGGACAUGUACGGACCCACAACACCCAAGCCCAUAUACCAGUCACCCAAGGACACGUACAUACCUACCACACCAAGACCCACGUACCAAACACACAAGGACACAUACCCUCGCAAACCCACGACUCCACGGCCCAUAUUCAAGACUCCAAAGAUCACGUACAGGGUCACGACGCCUCAGCCCACGUACCAAGAUAAGGACACGGACGCAACCACCUCCACGGACCGUCCGCGUAAGCACAGCGGACAGGCGGGGCUCGAACAGGACUUGGUACAGGAGCUGAUCAACAGGGAGGUCCUCGGCCAUGCGGUUCAAAAUAAGGCAGACAACACGCUGUACAGCUACUUCGCCGGGCUGCCAAGGUCCCGUAGCUCCAGCGUGGACAUCUACCAGAUCGUGCCCGCCGUGGCCUACCUGAAGAACAACGCCACCCGCACAUCUAAGGGCGUCAUCCACUACAGCCUCUUCGGGUAUCCGCGGAAAGGCGAGGCGGUGGGGAUACCCUAGGCCGUCUGAAGCACUUUACUCGUCAAGGAUAAAAGUGUUGAGAUUAAUAGUGGGAGGAAGUUGCAUGGUGACUUAAAGUGUGAAUGUUGAGCUCAGUGACCCUUGUUCGAGCCCUGGCGUUGGAUGAGUGUUUUCCAGCCAUCGCAAGACGGCUGGACACCCUCGGUCUGACGCACUUUUCUCCUGAUGAAAAUAAAGGUGUUGACUAUAGUGGUAUAGGGGAGGCAGUGACACAGUGGCUAGUGUGAACGUGCUGAAAACAAUGUCCCUCGUUCGAAUCUCGCCGUCGGAUGAUGAUUGUCCAGCCUGUCUAUCUGCCCUGACUUCGGCUGCACGCUGACGCACUUUUCUGGCGAUUGAAGUGAGAGUGUUGACAUUAGUGGAGGCGUGAGGCAGCGGGGUGGUGGCAGAGCGUGAAUGUGCUGAGAGAAGUGUCCUUAGUUCGAGCCCCGGCGUCGGAUAGUGAUUUCCCAGCCAUUGUUGGGUGGCCGAAUACCAUCCACAUGCUUGUCUGUCUGCCAUGCCCUCGGGGUCAUGAAUGUACCAAAGGGAGCACCGCGGGGCAGCCUGAGCCAAGACGCAAAAAAGAAAAUAUCGAAACACUCAGAUAUAUUCAUCCGCGUUGCCCUAACCAACAGCUGGGCGGGACCACAACCACUACGCUAUAAGAUAUACAGAUUACCGGUGCGCUGGGGUAUGCAUGAAAAAGAAAGCAUAUACGAAGGUGUCCUCGCUCCCGACACCCGCGGCUUCACUUCGGUAUCAUUAUUUUUUUGCGGUGGAGUUUACGAGUGUCGGCGGGGGUGAUGGCGGGGCAAAGGUGACCCGUAGCAAGGCCUCGGCGGCACCCUCUUGCUCUCUUUUCUCCAUCCCUGAAGCACUCAAAGGUUUAUUACGCUGCAUCCUUCUACAUUUCCUUCCUUGCCAUUCUAACCCUUCCUUCCUUCCUUCCUUCCUUCUUUUCCCUCAUUCCUUCCUUCCUUUUUUUCCCUUCCUUCCUUCCUUCCCUCAUUCCUUCCUUUUUUUCCCUUCCUUCCUUCCUUCCCUCAUUCCUUCCUUCCUUUUUUUCCCUUCCUUCCUUCCUUCCCUCAUUCCUUCCUUCUUUUCCCUUCCUUCCUUCCUUCUUUGUUUCUUUGUUUGUUGUUAUGUUGAAUAGGCGAGUUUAUCUCUGCGUGUGAGGCCUGGGAGCGAUCGAGAACAUUGCAAGGCACUCUUAGGAAGCGGUCAGAUUUGUGUUAUGUUUUCGCUACAAAAGAAUGCUGAAUAUGAUUGUUCAGAACAUUUAGUAAUAGUUGAUUUUAGUUUAUUAGUUAGCUAGUAGUUAAUUAGUUAGUUUGUUAGUGUUAUUAGUUAGUUAUUAGUUAGUUUAUUAGUGUUGUUAGUUAGUUAUGCUCAACGAAUAGAAGAUAGCACUUUCAUUACGAUCAUUUUCCUUAAUCUAAUGUUUAAUCUUUUUCUUUUUCUUUUUUUAUUAUUAUCGCAUAUAUAUAUUUUUGUCUUUGAUAUUAGAUUUUAUUACAUACUCUUAUUCCUUACGUCGUUGAUAAGAUAAGAGGUCACACAGUUAUGCUCAAUCCGGUUCAUGCAAAUUCUGACAUUCAUAGCAGAAGUAUAUAUGUAAAUAAAACCUAAAAACUGAAAAAAAUAAGUUAGGUUGCCUGUCGAGUGAAAAGGUUCGCCUACUGUAAGCCGCCAAACCCAAGUCUCGUCUACCUCUGAUGCGGUUUAAUAAAAUAAUGAAUAAAAAAAAGUGUUACGAUACAUAUAAAUAGUGUUAAGAUACAAAUAAAUAGUGUUAAGAUAUAAAUAAAGAGUGUUAAGCC